GUUACCGCAAUAACUUUAAACCGAAUCAGCUGAUCAGUAUUCUCACAAGUGGCAUUUGAUCGGCAUGUUUAACAUUCGCCGAUUCUAAUAAGAGAACUAAGUGAAGGAAGUAAUCAAUUCAAACAAUGGCAGAUGAACCAUCAGAGACGGUAACAUUGCUGAUUGAAAAUGUCCCGGUAAAGUGUAAUAAACAACAGCUCAUUGAAAACAGUAACUAUUUCAAAGUGAUGUUUGAAGGAAACUUUGUCGAACGUGAUAAAAGCACGAUCACCCUCGAAGAAAUCGAUUUGAAAUCAAUGAAUUUAAUACUCAGUCUUCUUGUGGACAGUAGCACAGCAUUCAUGCUAGGUGAAGAUGACUUGUUGCAUGUCCUCCAAACAUCAUGUAUGCUGCAAUUUGAAGACCUACGUGAUAACUGCGUUAGUAUCCUCACGGAAAAACUAAAUCCAGAAAAUGCCAUUAAAAUAUGGUUUGUGUGUGAAUCACAUGGCAUUUGCCCACUUUACUUGAAAGCAAAGAACCUGGCUUUAAUUGAGUUCAAUGUGAUCAAAGAUACCAAUGCUCUUAUAGAUUUAGAUCUUACACAAGUACAUUUAUACCUUGCAAAUGUAACGCUGCAAUGUAAAAGUGAACUGGAUGUUUUCACAACUUGCAUGCAAUGGUACUACGAGAACGGCGACGGCGACGUAAAAUCGCUCAUUAAACUACUUUCUUGCGUCGAUUUUCAAAGUGCAAGCGAGGAGGAAAUUAAGGAAAUGAUGAUCAUGCCGGAUGUACACAAUAAUCAAAUAUUGCGAGAAUUAUUUCGCUUAAUUUUUACCUUUAAAGGUGCAGAUGCGGAAAACUAUUCGUCAACGAUUGAUUUUGUGAAAAAUCUCUUCAAUUCAAAUAAAAGAAACAAGACCUUUGUCGAUCCAGUCCUAUUUGUAAAAAAGUACUCGACUAACACAUUAAACGAAUCAUCAGGCGAAUCCAAAGAGGAUAAUGUUGAGGUGCAUCAUGAUAUUUAUAAACGCAAACGAAAAUACAUGCGAGUAGGUGGAAUUGAAGACACCACAGCAACCCUGUUUAUUUAUGAUAUGCUUAGGAAGAAAUACAUUAAAUGUAUUGAUGUACCUGAGGAAAAGUACGUGGGUUAUGAGGGUUUUCAUAUAGUUGGUUACAAAGAACAGAUUUUUUUAUUUGGUGGAGAAGUUACGCUUGGAAGCGGUCAUUGGAACUUAAACUUUUGGGUGUAUGACACAAUCAGGGACCGAUGGGAGAGAAAAACAAGACUGCCUUCUGGACGCCGACACUUUCAAUCCUGCAUUUGCGGACCAUACUUAUACAUUAUUGGCGGAACCGGAACAUUUCGUAUUAUCCAAGACAAUAUGUUUUGGUACAAUUAUAUAGACAAUAUUUGGAGUACACAGUUAGUACUUCCAUGUCCAGCUAGCCAACUACGCUGUUGUAAUUACAACGAUAAACUUCUCCUGAUCAAUGUGAACAACAGAUGCGGAUACCUUUGCACAAACAUGCAGGGUGUGUAUAUAACACUUGAUUUUCAAGACGACACCAAUCUGGUUCUAUCAUACCCUCCGCACUUUUCACUGUUUACUUAUAAUGGUCGCAUAUACGUGAAAAGUAAUUCGUCGCUAAUUGAAUUUGAACUAUCAACGACCAAACUGCGCGUAACUAACGUAUGGUCACCCAGCAACCCAACAUCCACUGAUUUAUUCGCCCAUUGGGACGUGAUCGAAUCAAUCGUCUGCAAUGAUUCUGUGUUCACACUGUACAAAUGCACACAAACGAAGAGUGUUCAGUUUGAAAUCAUGUCCAUGUUGGAGAAGGAUAAAAUGGCGUCGCAAACAUUACCUGCGCAAGUCGAAGAUUUUAAUAUCGACUUGUCAACGAAAAUGUUCGCGUUGCAACAUCACUACAAAAUGGUUGUUAACGAUGUUUAUAUCAACGAAUUACCAGUCAUUUCUAACAGUCAAAUGGAAGUAUUUUUGGAAAGUAUAUAAAUAUUUAUUGAAAAAAGUAA